AUGGCUGCUUCGACUACUUCUCAACCGCCCGCGGGCCAGGAGACGGUGGAAUGGCCGGCGUUGCGCGUGCGUGAUACGUUCCUGGACUACUUCAAGAAGAACGGCCAUACCUUUGUGCCCUCCUCCUCGGUUGUCCCGUUGUCGGAUCCCACACUGCUUUUCGCCAACGCGGGGAUGAAUCAGUAUAAGAGCAUAUUCUUAGGCACCAUUGACCCCAAUUCAGAUUUUGCACAGUUAAAGCGUGCGCAUAACUCGCAGAAGUGUAUACGUGCUGGAGGGAAACAUAAUGAUCUCGAUGAUGUUGGAAAAGACAGUUAUCACCAUACCUUUUUUGAGAUGUUGGGCAACUGGAGUUUUGGCGAUUACUUCAAAAAGGAGGCCAUCCAAUUUUCCUGGGAGCUUCUCACCAAAGUUUACGGUUUAGAUCCUGAGAGACUCUAUGUUACCUAUUUUGAAGGAAACGAGGGAGCCGGCGUUGGCCCUGAUAUAGAAGCAAGGGACAUAUGGCGGAGCGUCGGAGUUAAAGACGACCAUAUCCUCACCGGUGACAUGAAAGAUAACUUUUGGGAGAUGGGAGACCAGGGACCGUGUGGGCCUUGCAGUGAAAUCCAUUAUGACAGAAUCGGAGGUCGAAAUGCCGCCCAUCUCGUCAAUCAGGACGAUCCGGACGUUCUGGAGAUCUGGAACAACGUUUUUAUACAAUAUAACCGUGAGCCGGAUAGGUCCCUGCGGCCACUCCCAAACAAGCACAUUGACACUGGUCUGGGUUAUGAGAGACUGGUGUCGAUUCUGCAGGACAAGUCGUCGAACUAUGACACCGACGUCUUCACUCCACUCUUUACUGCCAUCCAGAAUAUCACAGGUGCCCGGCGGUAUACCGGCAAAUUCGGUGCUGAGGAUACUGAUGGAAUAGAUACCGCCUACCGAGUCGUUGCUGAUCAUCUAAGAACACUCACCUUCGCAAUUACCGACGGAGCAGCUCCUAACAACGAAGGACGGGGUUAUGUUGUUCGUCGCGUGCUCCGAAGAGGUGUGCGUUAUGCCAGGAAAUACCUAAAGGUCGAGAUUGGCAGCUUCUUUUCCAAACUUGUCCCUGCUCUCGUAGAGCAGAUGGGUGACAUGUUCCCGGAAAUCAAAAGAAAACAAAACGAUGUCAUGGAGAUUCUGGACGAGGAAGAAGUAUCCUUUGCCAAAACCCUUGAUCGCGGUGAGCGUCAGUUUGAGUAUUACGCUCAACAAGCGUUGGAAGCCGGUGCUGGGAAGCUUCAUGGCGCUGACGUUUGGCGACUCUAUGAUACCUUUGGAUUCCCCGUUGACCUUACUCGACUGAUGGCGGAGGAGCGGCAGCUGACCAUCGACGACGCCGAAUUCGAAGAAGCUCGUCUUAAGGCCAAGGAGGCCAGUAAAGGUCAAGCCAAAACUGCAUCAGAUCUCCUCAAACUGACCGUUCACACUUUGAGCACUCUUGAGAAGAACGGCGUACCAAAGACCAACGAUGACGCCAAGUUCGGAAAGGGAAAUAUCGUUGCCAAUAUCAAGGCCAUCUGCCACGGAAAGGAGGUUAUUGACUCAACAAAGGAUAUUCCUGCCAAUGAACAGAUCGGCAUCAUUCUCGAUAAGACCAAUUUCUAUGCCGAACAAGGCGGGCAAGAGUACGAUACCGGAAAGAUCAUCAUCGAUGGUCAGGCUGAGCUGGAUGUCCAAAACGUCCAGAUGUACGGUGGUUAUGUUCUGCAUACCGGCUUUAUCAAGUACGGUAACUUCUCUGUCAACGACUCUGUCAUUGCAGAGUACGAUGAACUACGCCGAUGGCCAAUUAGGAAUAACCAUACUGGCACUCACAUUCUCAAUUUUGCUCUCAGGGAGGUCCUAGGGGAUGGCAUCGACCAGAAGGGCUCCCUUGUUGCAGCUGAGAAGCUGCGUUUCGACUUCUCGCACAAAUCUGCCGUCUCAGACAGUGACUUAGAGAAGAUUGAAGCCAAGUCUACCGAUUACAUCCGUCAGAACUGUGCCGUCUACUCACAGGAAGUACCUCUCGCGACUGCCCGUGAAAUCACCGGCGUUCGUGCCGUAUUUGGAGAAACAUACCCCGACCCCGUACGUGUGGUAUCCGUCGGUGUUGAACUUGAUGAGAUUCUAAAAAACGUCAAAGACCCCCGCUGGGAGGGUGUCAGUAUCGAAUUCUGCGGUGGCACCCACGUCCAGAAGACCGGCGACAUCAAGGACCUUGUCAUUCUUGAAGAAAGUGGAAUUGCCAAAGGAAUUCGUCGCAUCAUCGCUGUGACAGGCGAAGAGGCACAUGAGGUCCAGCGUGUCGCUCGCGAGUUUGGCGAACGUCUUAACCGCUUCGAAAAGAUGGCCGCGGGCCCUGAGAGAGAUGCUGAAGUUAAGAGUCUACAAGUUGACCUCAACCAGCUCACUAUCUCCGCUGUUGAGAAGGCCAAGUACCGCAACCAGUUCACUCAGAUCCAUAAGAAAAUCACGGAUGCUCAGAAGGCAGCUCAGAAGGCUGAGGUGAAAACUGCCAUUGAUGCUAUCUCCUCCUACUUUGAGCAGAACAAGGACAGCCAGUCGUUGGUUAUCAAACUACCAAUCUCUGCCAAUCAGAAGGCGAUUAGCGAAUCUUUGGCUCAUGUCAAAUCGAAGUUAAGCGGCAAGGCGCUAUACGUCUUCGCCGCCGAUACAUCCAAGGUUGCCCAUGGAUGUUACGUUACUCCGGACCUCACCGCCAAAGGGGCAUCGGCUAACGAGUGGGCUAGUGCCGUAUCUGGCAUUGUAGGAGGCAAAGCAGGAGGCAAGGCACCCGUCGCGAUCGGCAACGGUACCGAAGUUAACAAAGUCGACGAAGCCCUGGAUGAAGCCACAAAGUAUCUUGAGAAAUUUAAACUCUGA